CUUUUGUUUGUUAUGUUAAUAUGUUUUUCACUUCGUUUUUUGAAUUUCAUAAUGUUCCCUUAAAUUAUUCCAUAACAUCAUUUAUUUUCUCAUAGUUUAUAAUAUUGCACAUAAUGUCUGAGUCAUCUAAAUCGAAAAGUUCUUUGAAUUUAAAUCCAUCACCAACUUUACAGUGCAAAGAUCUUCACGAAUAUUUAAAAAGUAGAUCUCCUCAGUUUCUUGAGACACUGUAUAAUUAUCCUACGAUAUGUUUAGCAGUUUACCGAGAAUUGCCAGAACUGGCUCGACACUUUGUGAUCCGGUUGCUAUUUGUUGAACAGCCCGUGCCACAAGCUGUUGUUACGUCCUGGGUCUCCCAAACAUAUGCCAAAGAACAAAGCAAAGCCUGUGAGGCUCUGUCAGAACUCUCAGUAUGGCAGGAGGCCCCGAUCCCUGGAGGCAUGCCCGGCUGGAUGCUGGCACAAUCCUUUAAGAAGAAUCUGAAGGUUGCUCUUUUGGGAGGUGGUCGACCAUGGAGCAUGUCGUCAUCACUAGAACCUGAUGGGAAAGCGCGUGACGUCGCGUUCCUCGACGCGUACGCCCUAGAGAGGUGGGAGUGUGUGCUGCAUUACAUGGUGGGCAGCGCACAGACCGAGGGGAUCAGUGCUGAUGCUGUGAGGAUACUACUCCAUGCUGGCUUAAUGACCAGAGAUGCUGAAGACGGUUCUGCCGUGAUCACUCGUGCCGGAUUUCAAUUUCUUCUACUUAGCACUGCGAAACAGGUGUGGCUGUUCCUUCAGCAUUACUUGCACACGGCUGAAAAAAGAAGUUUGAGCGCUGCGGAGUGCCUCGCUUUUCUUUAUCAACUCAGUUUUAGUACCCUAGGCAAAGAUUACAGUACAGAAGGUAUGAGCAAUAACAUGCUGGUGUUCCUGCAGCAUUUGAGAGAAUUUGGACUGGUUUAUCAAAGAAAGCGUAAAGCGGGCCGUUUUUACCCGACGCGGCUGGCGCUGAAUAUCGCGCGGGUACGGGGCUCCAGUGCGGGCCCGGAGCUCGGCCCGCAGUCGCAGGCGCAGCCCGGCUACAUCGUGGUGGAGACCAACUACCGCGUGUAUGCGUACACACAGACCAACCUACAAGUCGCAUUGCUGGGACUCUUCACCGAGCUUAUGUAUAGGUUCCCGAACCUGGUGGUGGGCGUACUGACCCGCGAGUCUGUCCGCGCUGCUCUGCGUGGCGGCAUCACGGCGCAGCAGAUACUGCACUACCUGCACCACCACUCGCACCCGCAGAUGCUGAAUACAGAGACUGGCGGCAUCCGGUCGAAUUCCGUGCUGCCUCCCACUGUGGUGGACCAGAUACGGCUGUGGGAGACGGAGAGGAACCGGUUCACCUACACUGAGGGUGUCGUGUACAAUCAGUUCCUAUCACAGGCGGACUUCGUGGUGCUCCGCGACUACGCCAAGAGUCAGGGCGUGCUGACGUGGCACAACGAGCGCACCCGCACCAUGGUGGUCACACGCAGCGGACACGACGACGUCAAGAAGUACUGGAAGAAGCACUCCAAGAGCUAGUUUUAUUUUAAAGGAUGAUUAUGGAAUGAUGCACCCACCUGCGCUAACGGUUUACGCUGGCAGGGUUCCAG